AUAGCGACUUCUAGUGGUUUUUUUCAUAACUUUUUGCUGCAUUUCAUGUUCAGCAGAUGGCUUCAGUGGCAACACUGUCUAUAAAUGUCAUCAUUGUCAUUUGUCAUCGGUCUAUCAUCAUUUUUAGGUUAAAAUUUCAGUUUUCAGCAGUUUCCACUAUUUUUCCAAAUUUUUCAGUUUAUUCUGAAAUUGACAGAAAAAAAAAACAUUUCCCAAUUGAUUUUUAACAACUAGAACACAAUUAAAUACAACGAAGUGGAUCAACAUGUCUGAGGCUUCCAUGAAUAAUGAAGAAAUCGGGGAUUACUUGAAUACAAAUGAGAAAAAUAUGAGGAAAAAUAUAGAAAACAUUCCAAAUGGCAGAUCAAAAAACUCAUCAGUACUCACAGAUAGCGAAGCAGAAGAAUAUGAAAAUAACAAGGAAUCUACAGAAUCCUCAGAAACACCUAGUGAAUUAGAAAAACAAGAAGAGUGGGUGGACCUUCUGGGUAGUGGAGCAUUGAUGAAGAAAAUAAUUAUAGAAGGGCUGCCUGAUAGUAGGCCCCAAAGAAAUGAAACUUGCAGAAUCAAUUAUACAUGCUACCUAGAAGAUGAAACAGUGGUUGAUGGUGCUAAUAAUUUUGAACUAAAUCUGGGAGAUUCUGAUGUUAUACAAGGAUUGGAUGUUGCCUUAGGAUUGAUGAAUUUGAAUGAAAAAUGCAGACUCAAAAUUGAACCUAGAUUUGCUUUUGGCAAAAAAGGCUUGCCACCAAAAAUUCCUGGUGACUGUACUGUUAUAUAUGAUGUUGAGUUAUUAUAUGUUGGGCCUGAGGAUACCAUUGAAGAGCUCACUAUUCAGCAAAGGAAAAUAAAAGGGAAUAAAAAACGUGAGAGAGGCAAUUGGUGGUAUACAAGGGGAGAAAAUAACAUUGCCAUCCAGUGCUACAGAAGAGCCCUAGAUUAUUUAGAUGAGGUGGAGGGUGGUAUUACUGGGCCUUUGAGUGAAAAUGAGGGUAAGAGUGAAGUUACUGACGCAGACUUGCAGAGCUUACUUGAAGAUAGAGUAAGUGUCUGUAACAAUAUGGCUGCUGCCCAGAUAAAAAUGGAAAUGUAUGACGCUGCACUAAAUUCCCUCCAAGUGGUCCUCAGAUGUCAGCCCAACAAUGUUAAAGCUCAUUUUAGGAAGGCAAAAGUGUACAUAGGCAAGAAUGACUUGCCAUUGGCAAUGAAAUUUCUGCAGAAAGCCAAAGAGUUGUCACCUAAUGACAUUGAGAUACAAAAGGAGAUAAACGGAAUUUCCAAAUUACUUGAUAAACAGAAAGUUACUGAAAGAGAGCUCGCUAGAAGAAUGUUCAAUGGACCCAAGACGGCUGAUAGGACAAGUGUAUCAAAAAAUAAAAACGGAAAGAGCAAGGUGGGGAUUUGGGCAACUUUAGGGGCUGUAGUAGUAGUAGGGGUAGCUGGAAUUGUGGCCUAUCGAUUCAAGGUUGUAUAGAAAUGUUUCAUUUGGUGACCUGUUGCAUUUACUACUGUUGUAUUUUGUUUUAAAAACAUCUUGUUUUAUUAAAGUUUGAACAUUGUCAUACAAAAAUAUCACUGUUUUACAAUAAUUACACCUCUUUGUUACGUUUUGUUAUUUUAAUAAAAUUUUUAUUUAAAGUGUGAA